UCCCCAUUUGGUGCCACCACAUUUCGCAGGGGUUCCCCAUCGUGGUGGUGGGUGACACUUUGAGGUUGUCACCAUCCCCUCGUGUCCUGUCCUCAGCGUCACCAUGGAUCUGCUCACCGCCGUGGGCUGUGCCGGCGCUGUGCUCCUGGUGACAGUGACAGUGGCACUGCUCGGAGCGGCCCAUCACUUGGGGCUCCUCUACCAGCUCUUCCACAAGGUGGAACCCAGAAGUCCCCGUCACGGCGGCGAGCUGGUGGCCGAUGUGCUGAAGGCUCACGGCGUCCGCUUCGUCUUCGCGUUGGCCGGCGGCCACAUCUCGCCCAUAUUGGUGGCCGCCGAGAAGGUGGGCAUCCGCGUGGUGGACACGCGGCACGAGGCCACCGCCGUCUUCGCCGCCGAUGCCGUCUCCAGGCUCUCAGGUCCCGUCUUCGUGGAGCUCCCCAUCGACGUCCUCUACCCCUUCCACGUGGUAGAAAAGGAGGUGGGCGGCCCCAAGAGCGCCCGGGGGCUGCGGGGAAAGCUGGUGCAGUGGUACCUCCAGAACUACGUCCGUAACCUCUUUGCGGGCGCCUGGGAGUCCCGGGACCUCACCCCGUUGCCCGUGAAGGUGCCGUUGGCCACCGAGGAUGAGGUGCAGCGCUGUGCGGAGCUGGUGAGCCGCGCCACGAAGCCACUGGUGCUGGUGGGCAGCCAGGCCCUGCUGCCACCCACACCAGCCGAGGAGCUCCGGGACGCGCUGGAAGCCCUAGGCAUCCCCUGCUACCUCGGCGGGGCAGCACGGGGGCUCCUGCCCCCCGAGAGCCCCCUCCUCCUACGCCACAACCGCCGUGACGCCCUACGCGACGCCGACCUGGUGCUGCUGGCAGGCUCUGUCUGUGAUUUCCGCCUCUCCUAUGGGCGGCUCUUCGGUCGCGGGGCCGUCAUCGUCGCCGUCAACCGGGACCGGGCGCAGCUCCUACGCAACGCCGACGUCUUCUGGCGGCCACGGCUGGCCGUGCAAGGUGACG